AUGACCAGCCUGGAUGCUGCAAAGAGCAAACUCUACGAUGACCUGCACGCCCUCCUGGCGUCUGUGCCGAAGGCGGAUAAGUUGAUUGCCCUUGAUAACUUCAACGUCCGUGUCGACACAGACCAUGCUGCCUGGAAAGGAGCGCUGGGUCCCCAUAAUCUCGACGGCUCCAAUGACAAUGGCCUGUUCCUCCUACGAACCUGCGCAGAACACCGGCUUAUUCUGACCAACACCUACUUCCGCCUCCCGAUGCGAAGGAAAGCCAACUGGAUGCACCAUCGGUCGCGACACUGGCACCUGAUGGACGGUGUCCUCGUCUGGUGGCGAGACCAGCGGGACGUGCUGAUGACAAAGGCGAUUCCAGGUGCUGACGGGUGGACCGACUAUCGCCUCGUCACCUCCGAGAUGCGAACUCCCCUACGGCCUCGCAGGAGACCUAAAGAUAAGCGUCCCCCAGGUAAGCUGAAUACUGCUUUGUUGUCUUUGCCUGAUCACCGUCUCUAUUUCAGCGAUGAGCUAACUCAAAGACUAGCCGACCUUCCAAUUGCCGCCGCUGCCGCCGAGGAGAACGCCUCCGUGGAGAACCUAUGGUGUCAACUGCGGAACACAGUCCAAUCGACGACCCUGGCUGUCUUUGGUCGCGUACGUCGCCAAUAUCAGGACUGGUUGGAUAACGACGUCGCCAUCAGCCACCUGCUCGCCGAGAAUAGCCGCCUGCACAAAGCCUACGUCAGCCGCCCUACCGAGGACGACAAAGCAGCCUUCUACCGUAGUCGCCGCCUUGUGCAGCAGCGGCUGCGGGAGAUGCAAGACGCUUGUACGGCUCCCAAGGCCGAGGAGAUCCAAGGGUAUGUGGACCGCAGCGAAUGGAAGAAUUUCUUCUCUGCGAUCGAGACUGUCUACGGUCCGUCAACCAAAGGAACUGCUCCUCUUCUCAGCGUCGACAGGAGUGCCCUAAUUACCGAGAAGACACAAAGUCUACAGCGAUUGGUCGAGCACUUCAGAGGCGUCCUCAACCGUCCCUCCACAAUCUCCGGCGCCGCCAUCGCCCGUCUGCCUCAAGUGCAGACCAGCGCCGACCUAGACCUCACGCCUGCUUUACGCGAAACCAUCUAG